UGUUUCUUGACUAUACAACUAGUUAUUUUUCUGGCAACUAAACAAAACUGGGACUAUUUUUGACUACACUGAUGCCAAGUACAGUGACAGAAGAGAUAAUUAUACUUGGUGAUUUUGUCGACAUUUCUCCUACAAACCGGCGAAAUGAUUGUCGUUGGACCUGCAACGUGGCAAUCGUGCGUAGGAAAACAUAACCAAAUAGUUUUGUCAAAUACCAAAACAAUUCUAUUGUAUAUUUUUCUCUGUGUGGUGUAGAAGUGCUUUCUGAGGAAGGCCUUUUUGGUGUUAUUGACUUGUUUUUUUUUCGUCUUGAUCGACUCCAUUUUAUAUUUGAUGUGAUACCUCAAACAGGACCUUGAGCUGUAAAGUGUAGAUAUCACCCUAUUAAGGUUGUAUUGUGUUCGUGUGAGUUACAAUGGAGUACUCAUAUUUGGAUUAUUUGGGCGACUUACCAGAUAUUCUGGAUGAUGAUUUAGAGCUGGUAGAUAUUAUUGUGAUGGGACUACCAGGCGCACUUAUAGUCGGCCAAAUUACUCUGAAGAAAUGGAUCCACUGGGUUUUUUCAGAAGGUUCCGGUUAUACAAGGAAACAGUGUUGCAUGAAUCACAGCAUUUCACCAAUGAAUCAGCUUCUAUGCUGCUUAAGGUACUAUGCCAGUGCAGGUCAUAUUAGGCGAACUGCUUAUUUUAUGGGAAUUCACGCAAGCACAGCCUGCAGAAUUGUUGGAAGGGUAUUAAGAACUAUAGCCAGCUCAUUCCCAAAAUUCAAUUAUUUAAUUGUAACACAGGAUAUUGAAAUGCCUACAAUACAGAAUCGCAAUGUCAAUACUGCUCAAGAAUAAAUGAUUAAUUAUUUUGGAAAUCUUUGAAUGUUUCUUUUUCUCGAGUUAUAAUGCGAGG